AUGGCCCCAACAUUAGCGGAGCAAGUGGCAGUAGACCAAGUCUCCCCCGGAGAAUAUGUCUCCCGACUCAAUCCCAUCAGAAUGGGCAACGCCAUGCCCAUAGCCUACGGCGGCUGCACAGCCAGCAUCGCUGUCAACGCAGCAUGCCACACAGCACCACCCUCAAUGUCACUGUACUCUGUCCUCGGGCACUUCCACGGCCCAGCAUCAACGGAUAAGAAACUGCACUGCAGUGUAACCAACAUUCGAGAUACGAGAUCUUUCGCUACACGAAGGGUUCAGGUUAAGCAACAGCAGCCCAAUGGGAAAUUCCGUGUCUGUAUGGAAGUCCUCGCGGAUUUUCAUAUUAUUGAACAGUCGGAUUGGGAGUACUCUGAGGCGACGUGCUCAAAGUGGCCGAGGGCGGAAGAUUGUCCGAAUUUGGAGGAGUUGGUAAAGGGCUUGUUGGAGAAGGGCAGUAUCACUGAGAAGCAGGGCAAGGAAUUCGCAAAAUCCUUCGCAGCGAAUGCAGAUUUCUUUGAGACGCGCUACUGCACCGCCGGCGUAUCCUCCCAGAACCUCUCCGGCGCAGCACGACACACCAAAACAACCCAAGACCACCUUUCCAUCACGGAAAAAGUAUCCGCCGAGUGGCAGCGCGCCCUCCACGAUCUCCCAACACCAACCGCCAACAUGAGCGCGCUAGCAUUCCUCAUGGACGGCGGUCUUUCAUUCUUGCCCUUGAGCCAUAACCAUAUGUGGUUUGACGACACUGCUGCUUGUUCAACGCUGGACUUUGCGUUGAGGAUUUUUGUGCCGGACGUCAAGAUGGGGGAGUGGCAUGUUAGAGAGAGGAAGACGAGUAGGGGAGGGGGGAAUAGAACAUAUUCCGAGGGGAAGUUGUGGGAUGCGCAUGGGAAUUUAAUCGCGAGUAAUACGCAGCAGUCUAUUAUGAGGUUGAGAGAGGGCGUUGUUGUGCCUAAGCUAUAGAGUGUAUGACUAGGUAGUGUAUAAGAAGAUAUUAAUAGAGUAAUGUG